GUACUCUCGUUCAAAGGGUUUCGGUGACGGGGACUGACACAUCGUUUUUUCUUUGACUGCUGAACUGGCGUGCUGAAAGGCAGUAGAGAUCGAAGCCUCAGCGGGUCGGCACUCUUGUUUCGAUCAGCAUGCAGACUGGCAGAUGGAUUAGGCCGUCGGAAAUGAUGAGAUGAAUCGAAUACUAUGAUGAAGAAGAAGAUACAGUGACAUAUGUAAGAGGGCACCCGCCGUUUGCACACGGAGUUAGCAGUCAAGGAGGCUUCCAGCCCAGAAUUGCAUGCUAUUCUGCACUAACUAUUGGAACUACCGCCGAUUGGAAACUUGCAGCUAUUAUUGCUUUCAGGAAUGCUGUCGAGAGGUUUUGCUUUGCCGAUAAUCGCAUUAAUCUUCUUGGUGGAAAUGAACGCUGACCAAUAUCGAUAAAUUUCUUGUAGGACGUAAGAGUGGCUAUGCGGCGUGAGAGAAACGCGCCGAGCAACUGGUGACAUUUUCCUGGAUCAAUGUGGAGCGAUGGAUCCCUGUCGCGCGAUCCAUAAAACAUAGUCUGACUGGUGCACUUUUGGAAUAUUUACUUAUCGGAUGGAAUUGGAAUUGAGGCUGCUUUUCUCAAAUGUCAAUAGCUUUGAGUACGAAAGAAACGUCGAAGUAGGAAGAGCGUCAGCAGAUUCUCGAUUCUAAAACUGGAUUACCAUUAGCGUUAGUCUCAGCAGCCGAUUUUAGUGACAUACUCGUCUCCGGGAUUGAAAAGAAACGUGGUAAUUUUGCCUGCAGAGGUUUUUUAAACACCGUUUCAGCCAGGGUCCCAGAUGGCUCGUAGAUGGAGGUUCUCUCCUCUUAAUUUGGAGGUUAACUGAGAUUAGAACCUUGUGACCUCUGAAAUUUGCAGGAGCUCGGUAUGGCGAUGGCUAACAUAGAAGUUAGAGUGACUUUUCACGACGUCAGCAAGCCUGCUUGGGACCUGCAGGAAGAGAUGAGCAACAUGAAGGACAGGCAGACGUACUUCCGGUCAAGGUCACUUGAUGACCUUGAUGACGUCACGUACGACGAAACGCCCACCUAUGACCCUGGGAGGCGGAAAAGUGUGUGCGUUGCAAGGUUACACGAGGAAAUCUCGAGUGGAUCUAAGCAUCCUGAUACGAUGCACUCAACUCAGGCUGGUAGCCUCUGUUUCUACAGCCAUAAGAAACGCCAAUGCUUUAUUGAGCCAAGCUUUGUGAAGCAAGCUCUGGAGGACAUGGUGAUUGCACAUUAUGGUGAUGAGACUUGGGACGAAGUGAGGGCUGAAAAUGUGAACCGUCGAAACAGCGGCAUCAUUCCCUGUAGCACUUCUGAUGAACAUUUGACCGCAACUCUCGUCAAUGACAUUGCGAAGGUCGUGGGGCUUUCUACAGGAGAGAUAUGGGAGAUGUUUGGUGAAAGAUUCUUCGAGUUCUGCGAGGAAGCCGGUUAUGAUAAGAUCAUGCAAGUCUUGGGAGGAACAUUGGUCGAAUUCUUGCAGAAUCUGGACGCCAUGCACGACCAUCUUGCCACCAUCUACCCGGGCAUGCGCGCACCAAGCUUCAGGUGCAUGGAAUCUACAUCCGGUGACAUUGAUCUUUCCUAUCACUCAGAAAGGCCAGGUUUGGAGCAUAUCGUGGUAGGGUUGGUGAAAUCAGUGGCGAAGGAAUUAAAUGGAAAAGACGUCGAUGUCACCAUACGUGAUUCUGAUGAAAUAGGCAAGGAUGUACAGUUCUCGAUUAAGCACAUUUCGGGCAUGAAUGACGGGGAGAGUGAUUCGGCCAUGUCUGACGAUUCGGACUCGGAUGGCUUAAUCAGUUAUGAGCCUCUCAUCAGUCCGAUGUCCUUCUGUAAAAUCUUUCCCUUCCAUGUGAUGUUUGAUCGUAAUCUUGUCAUAACUCAGGUUGGUGAUUGUAUCAGUAAACUGGCGCCAAAGUGUCUUGAUUCCAACAGUCGGCUCCAUGAUAUAUUCAGGUUAAACCAGCCGCAGAUACACAUUGACUUCGACCAGAUCUGCCACCAUUCAAACAUUGUAUUCGUGUUGUCAUUCAGACAAGACCUGGCUCCCACCUCAAGAUUGUCGAGCAAAUCGAGGAGAAAACAAAAUCUGGCGAGUUCUACUGAAAAUCUGCUCGAAAAUGAGUUUUCUUGGGAUAGAUCUAAAAUGAGAUUAAAAGGUCAAAUGGUCUAUAUUAGUGAAAGUGACCAAGUGAUGUUCAUAUGUUCGCCGUACGUUUCAAAUCUGGACGAUCUCCAUGACAAUGGCUUGUUUCUCAGCGACAUCCCCGUCCAUGAUGCUACGCGAGAUCUCGUCUUGCUUAGCGAACAGUUCCGGGCUGAAUAUGAACUCACUCAGCGAUUGGAGGUUAUGACACAAAAUCUCCGUCAUACCUACAAGGAGUUGGAAAUAGAGAAGCAACUGACGGAUAAGUUGAUUUAUUCUAUCUUGCCGCAUUCUGUGGCUAAUUCCCUCCGCGCCGGGAAGCCAGUCCAGGCACUCAAGUACAAUUUAGUCACCAUCUUGUUCAGUGGUCUUUGUGACUUUGAUCGGAUAUGCACUCACAAUGUUCCGUUAGCAGUGGUAAAGCUUCUGAACCACCUUUACACCAAGUUUGACAUGCUAUUGGACAGGAGUUCAAAUGACGUUUACAAGGUGGAGACUGCAGGUGAUAAAUACCUAGUUGCGAGUGGUCUCCCAGAGAAGAACGUUCGCCAUGCUAAACACAUAGCACUACUCUCCCUGCAAAUAAUGGAUAUCGCUAAAGAUGUCAAAAUUAAUGGUGAGACGGUUAUGCUGUGCAUUGGCAUUCACUCUGGAGACGUGGUAGCGGGUGUUAUUGGUCAGAAGCUGCCUCGAUUCUGUGUCUUCGGUGAUACGGUCAACAUUGCCAGUCGGAUGGAGACAACGAGUCAACCCAACAAGAUCAACGUAUCCGAGGCAACCUACAGGUGUCUUCAGUCUCCGGAAUGUCACGAUCAACAGUUUAUAUUCAAAGAACGCGGACCAAUGAACAUCAAGGGGAAAAAUGUGCCAAUUGUGACGUACUUCCUGUCGCGGAGAAGCAGGCCCGGGCUGCAAGCAUUGCUGAAGAACGGGUUGGCGGUGAGAGAAUCGCCGAAAAUACCACUUGAAUUGCUUCAACGUCGCAGGAAGAGUGAGACCUUCUUCCGCUUCGAGACCAGUAACCGGAGUGCGAGACGAUGCAGUGAACUUGUCCUGCCUUCACACGGUCACUGCCUUCUUUUGGUGCCGAGACCAGUCUCUGAAGAAGAUGACUAUUCCGACGACGAAACUGCCUCAUAGUCAUUACUCGAUACAUUAGCUCGUGAACUCUGGUGUUAAUUCAAGUGGAUCCCCAUAAAACCCGAUGAUUAACACUGAUGGCUACCACGUCAAUUUGGUCCGAGUUCGAUCUCGGAUUAGAAACGGACAGUACCGGCGGAGAUGCUCUCUGUAUAUUUUGCAUCUAGGCCUGACUUGAUCCCAGUGUAAUACUCUAGUCUCGGCUUUUUAUGGUGUGUUUGCAAUAUGCAGGCCAUUCCCCUUCACAAACUACGUAGAGCAUGGUUACUCACCGCUUUUGUGAUGAAACGGCCAAUCAGAUGGCGGAGCAAUUCCGAAGUGUGCUAUGGUCGAUUUCGCGGUUAUGCUAAACACUCAGGCAGUUUGUUGAAUCGCUCCUAUGAAAGAGAUCUGACCUAUGAGCAGUUCCGAAGUUCCAGUGUCAAUGGUAUUUCCAAAAUUGGGUCCGGGGUGGUUUUUUGAAUUGUUUGUUGUCAACAUUGUGAGCAAUGCCUGUGCCUGUGGUGCCGUGAGUCACCAGGUUAUCGAAAAUGGAUUCGAGGC